CUCCUGCUCCCCCUGCCCAGGUCAGACUGUCUCAUCAAGACCAUCCGCUCUGAGGGCUACUUCGGCAUGUACAGAGGCGCUGCUGUAAACCUGACCCUGGUCACCCCAGAGAAGGCCAUCAAGCUCGCAGCCAAUGACUUCUUCCGCCAUCACCUUUCCAAGGAUGGGCAGAAGCUGACCCUCCUGAAGGAGAUGCUGGCAGGCUGUGGGGCUGGCACCUGCCAAGUGAUCGUCACCACCCCCAUGGAGAUGCUCAAGAUCCAGUUGCAGGACGCGGGGCGCCUUGAGGCCCAGAAGAAGAUGCUGGAGACCCAGGCCCACCUCUCGGCCAAGGGGGGGGCUCAGUCUGUGCCGGGCUCCGCCACCCCUGGCCGUCCCACGGCCACCCAGCUGACCCGGGAACUGUUGAGAAGCAAGGGCAUUGCCGGGCUCUAUAAGGGGCUGGGAGCCACGCUGCUCAGGGAUGUUCCUUUCUCCAUUGUCUACUUCCCUCUUUUCGCCAACCUCAAUCAACUGGGCCACUCGGAAGCGGGGGAGAAGUCGCCCUUCUACGUGUCUUUCCUAGCGGGCUGUGUGGCGGGGAGCACGGCGGCCGUGGCCGUCAACCCCUGCGAUGUGGUCAAGACCCGCCUCCAGUCGCUGCAGCGCGGUGUGAAUGAGGACACCUACUCGGGCUUCCUGGACUGCGCCAGGAAGAUUCUGAGGCACGAAGGCCCGUUGGCUUUCCUCAAGGGCGCCUACUGCCGGGCCCUGGUCAUCGCGCCGCUCUUCGGCAUCGCCCAGGUGGUUUACUUUGUGGGCAUCGGCGAGGCCCUGCUGGGGCUGCUCCCGGGUCACCGUCGUGACUGAGCCCCGCCUGGUGCCCACCCUACCCCCCACCCACCACCCUCUGGGAGACCCCACCCUAGAGCAACAAGAGGAAGCCCGGAAGGAGAGCUUGGCGCUGGGGGCGGCUCCCACGAGUCCUCCACGCCAUGUGGCAGGGGGGAAAGUGGGGCACGGCCCCUCCCCCUCCUGCAGUGACUGGGAUCAAUUUUUUAUUUAUGUGGAAAAUGGAGACCAUUACAUUCCUUAGUUCCGGCCCCGACUUGGGCUGGGAAGGGACCCCCAAAGACCCGCUGGGUAUCCCUCCCCUCCCCCUCUCUGAGCUGGCCUCAGGCUGGGGGGCCCCGUUGGUCACUGCCCCAGGGCCUUCCUGGCAGGGUCCCGGGCAUGGGAACCUCUCCCUCUGGGGGGGGAGGGGGGGGCAGGCCGGACCCUGAGCAGGAUUAGCAUCAGCUGUGGGGCAGGCAGGCCCAGAUACCCCCCAGCCUCCGUCCAAGCCCUUGCCUCUAAUCUGCUGUCCCGGGGGGUGGGGGUCUGCUCCCUACCCCCCACCAAUCAGGGUCUCUAAAGGACUUUGCUGCUCCGAGGCCCCUGACUUGGCAGUCCCCAGGGACCCCCACCUAGGGACCCCCACCCAGGGGCCAGAUUCGCUUCCGAAGCUCCUUGCCCUCCUUUCUUCCUCUGGGAAGAGGCCUUCCUCUGGCCUCUUCUGCAGGAGAUUUUGACUGGGCGGGGCCUAUUUUCCCCUCCCGGCCUUGCUGUCCAUAAGGGGAGAUCUGGCUGAGAUCCUUGGGAGCUUCAGAGAGGGGGAGGGGCCCUCUGAGAGUGGGGCCUCCCAGAAUCCCACCCUGUGCUCCCAGAGGCUUGUGGGGAGGGGGUUCCCAAUGUCGUCUCUGUGUGCAGUUAAGUGCAGUGUCGUGUUAUGUCCGACUCGUGAGCGUGCCAGUGUGUGUGUAAGUGUGUGUCUUGGAGAAGGGGAGCAGUGCCCAAGACCCCCAGUGGCAGAGAAGGGGCUCCCGGCCCCUCAUCGGCCGCCUCCCCCCCCCCCAGCUGGGAACUGGAUCUUGGGGGGUGAGGGCGCCUGAAGGGUCAUCUCGAGCCCUGCCCCUUAGUCCCUGCUCCCUGUGGACUCCGCCUGGGGCCCGGGACCACCUGACCUCGUAGCCCUCCCCUUCCCUAGCCCUACCCCAGCUGGGGUCCGUAAGGGGGACUGGCCGCCUUGUUCUCCAGCAUCAGGAGUGGGGGCUUCUUGGGCAGCCCCGUCUCGGGGCCCUGACUAGGUAGACUUCAGAAGGUCCCCCCAAACUAAUCCAACUCGCUUAGUUUGCCCCCAAGUCCCAGGCCGAGUGCCGCGCUGCCCCUCGCCGCUUGCUGGGAGUUGGGGCCCCUCGGUGACACUAACUUUGGCCCGCCCGGUGCCCAGGAGGCCGGUCCUGAGGCCGACUGCCAGAGGGGGCCAUGCGGCCCCUCGAACCCCGGACAAACCUGUACUUUCCAAAGCUGCUGCUUACAGAAGUAUAUUUUUUUUCCUUCUGAACAAGAGUUUUAAAAAGUUGUAAUUUUUGUGUCUUGUCAUGUAAAAGAAUAAAGAAAUAAAUAUUCUAAAUAGA